AUGCUUCAGACGAUAAACAGGGUAUUUACCCAUAGCACCAGCUUCAAGAGAAGGGGAAAGGGGGAUAAUGAAAACAGCGGAGAUAAGUCCCCUCUUAGCGGAAAAGACUCUGCCGCAGGAGAUCAACGACCAGACUCCCCUAUUCGACUCGGAUCGCCGUCGAUUGCAGCGCUAGGCGAGUCAACGCUCAAGAAGAUCGUUAAACGGUCGUUCUAUGGCGACACGUCGGUGGAGCCGCUCGUCGAUGGGAGGGGGGGGACGGGGAAGGAGGUUCCUACGGAAAUGCUCGCGUUCGAGAUAGGAGCCAUCAUGCGUCGCACGCUCGAAAUAUGCGACUCCAUGUCCGAGAAAAUGCUCUCAUCGCUGCGCGCCAACCUUCAGGCGCCUGGCGUGGUAACUUUAAUCUCCAGCGACCUUAGAGUACUAUGGGGCCUCGCGGGUUACGAGAAGCACCAAGAGCUGCGAUCAGUCGCAUGCCGCGUCGCGGUGUUGGGUCGCAAGUGCCGGGAAUCGCGUCUGCACCGACUCGAGCGACUCUUUGCGCGGCUCGACAGCACAGAUGCCGAUUAUAAGAUGUUCGCCGCGUCUUCUGCUGAAGGGGAGGUGCUUCUUAGGUUCAUGCGCGAGCAAGCGGAAGCGACGAGCGAGCUGAAGAGCGAGAUGGAGUCCAUCCAGGAGCUACACAGCCGCAUUCAGGAGUACGGGGAGUGGAACUCGCUGCAGGAUAUGGUGACGCAGGGCAAGCUGGUGGAGAAACUGCAGGGCCACUGCCUCUGGGCCUACCACCUCGACUUCCUCGUGCAGCUGCUCAUCAUUGCAGCAUGCUACGUGCGCAAGAAGAUCUUCGCAGCGUUUGGGCACGGCAUGUGUCCGCCACGCAUCCGGGAGGCGUGUGUGGGAGAGGCGGGACUCGCGCUGCACUACGCCAAUGUGGUGGUGCUGCUGGAACGGAUCAUCCAACAGCCGGACGAAGUGCUAGGGCCUACAAGGGACGAGCUGUACGAGAUGCUGCCGCGCAACAUCCAGUACCUGCUGCGCGUGCAGCUGCAGGACGCACUCAACUUCCAGGCGGACGGGCGAGUGGAGGCGAACCUCAAGCGCGGGCUGCUGCUUCUGCCCACCAUGGCGCACAACACCAUCACCUGGCACUCGCUGCACACUCCUGGUGCUGCUCUUGACUCCUCUGAGGCAGUGUUUCAAGUGCAGACGUUCUACUUUGCGAAUCUGCAGGCAGUGAACGCCACUCUAGUGGACGUGCUCCUGGGCCUGUGCCGCAUAUGCGGGGUGGAGUCGCCCAUCGGCUGUGUGUCCACGCAGGUGCCCGCGUCCCUCGACUACACCCAGCUCGUAGCAGAGAAGGUGGCUGAGGCGGAGCGCCAGUUCCGCAAGGCGUGCGGCAUGGAUGAGAGAGAUGAGGACUGGUUUGGGGGGGAGGUGACUAAAGUGCAUGAUGACUCGUGCCAGGCUAGACGGGCGCAAACGCCGAGGGGUGGUGAGGCGGCUCCAGUAGCUUCAGCAGUGUCAGUAGUUUCAGCAGCUUCGGAUGUGGAGGGAGGCCGGAGUGGUAGUGCUGGUGGCGGCGGUGGUGUGAAUGGCGGCAGUGACGGCACAGGCAGCCCUGCCUUCGUGACUCCCCCCGAGUCCCCUGCCAGCGCCGUUUCCCUGCCCUCUGCCAUCCCUGUGUCUCGGUCUGAAGGUGGGGGGGUGGAGAGGAAGGGGGGUGCUGGGAGGAGGGAGAGGGGGAGGACGGAUGGCAGGGACGGGGAGGAGCAGAGUCAGAGCCUGGAGGAGAGGGGUGGAAUGAAGGCGGGGAGGGAGGAGGAGUUGGGUGAAGCGGAGCAGUGUGGUAAGAGUAGGACAGGAGGCGGUAGGGCGAAGAAGAGCAGUCAGGGUGCGGCGUCUAGCAGUAGUGGUAGAGUGAGAAGCAGGAGCAAGCUGCAGCAGGAGAACGAGCUUCCACGAGCCCAAACCGCGCCUACUGCUGAAACGACAGCAGUGACAAGUGUACACAAUGGAAGAGACAGUGGUGGUGAUUGCGGUGGCAGCAACACCAGCGGCAUCAACAGCACCAGCGGCACUGAGUCUCCCUUUAGAGUCCCCAGCAGGCCCUCCUCUGGUCGCCCCACCAGAUCCAGACCCAGUAGUAGCCGGUUCAAAGGGUCAGAUGCGUCUGGCUCUGCUGCUGGUGCUGGAGCUGCUGUUGGUCCUUCUGAUUCCUCCUCCUCCUCCCCCUCUCGUCUUCCCACACCUCCCCCUCCCGCCACCUACUCCCGACCGCGCAUCCCCUCCUCUCGAUCUGACAACUCCUUCCUGCAGCAGCAGGGGGGCGGAGGGCGGAGAGGGAAAGAGAGCAUGCGAAACAGCGGCGGUGGGGUUUGUAAGAGCCAGAGCUGCAGCCCGCAGGCAGACAGGCUUGUGGUGGCUAGCUGUGCUUCCUCCUCCCCUGGUCGCCCCUCCCCUGGCCGGCUCUCCCCAAGUGACGCCUCCCCCAGUCGAGCCUCCCCUGGUCGCGGCUCCCCCAGGCAAGCCUCUGGGUGCUUCUCCCCUCAGGGCCUCCCGUUCCUCUCCCCCGCUGGUACCCCUUCCCCCGCUGACUCCCCCCGCUCGUCCAGGCUGGGGCGGGGGGAAGCAAGGGGGGACGUGGGGGGAGGAUUGGGGGAAAAAGAGGCGAGUGGGGGGGGACGGGGAGCAAGAGAGGCGACUGGGGAGGGAUUAGACGAAACAAGGGCUAUGAGGGAUAGGCUGGGGGAUGGAGAACAGGAGAGGGAGGCACAGGGGGAGGCAGGGUUAGAGGGGGCCACAGGGGAAGCGAGGAAACGGAGCAGCAAGAGUUGCAGCUGGGGGUCGCAGCGAUGGGGCUUUAGCAAGUCAAGAUCCAUGCGAGUGACCACGGCUCCCCCUGCCACGCCCCCUCGCCCCUCCACCCCUCCCGCCAGCAGCUUCUCUUCCGAUCUCAUGCUUGCUGCUGGUGUCACUGAUUGGGAUACCGAAAGUCCUGCUGUUGCCAGGGUUGACGGGAGCCUGUCACUUGAUCAUUCCCUCUCCUCCUCUCUGCUCUCCCCCUCGCUGCUGGAAACCAGGCGCCUGCGCAAGGCCAUGCAGGGAGGGGCGAUAGUGGGGUGUUUCACAGGGGGUGGGGCUGCAGCAGCUAUGGACAGUGAGUCAGAGGCAGAAGGGGGGAGGAGGGGAGGGGGAGGCUCUAGGUGUGAAGAUUGUGAAUUGAACAAGUAA